AUGGCAGCGGCACUCAAAGGGGCUGCAGUCACUCACACAAUCGUGAAUCCUUCCACCCAGGCCCAGCACGGCGGGCUGGCACGACAGGUAACUACCGCGGCCACGCCGCAGGAACCUGGCACACCACCUCCCUCCCCUCCUCAGGGUUCGGCAGGAAGGUCGGCCAUAGAAGCAAAGAACCAGGAAUGGCUCUCUGCAUCCAUCAUCUCGAAACUCGUGGCAGAGGGUCCAUGCAGGGGCCAAAAUCACCGUCCCACCCCCCUAAAAGCUCGGAAUGCAGCAAAUCGCGGUCCUGGCUCGGCGCCGAAACGCACACACAGCCCUAUGACUACGCCGCACGCGCCGCGCAGGAAUAGCGACACUCGUGGAGGCCACUCCUCGAAACAUGUUUCCUAA